AGCAGGAAACGACACAUAGCAUAGCGGGCUUGAAUCACAGGCGGCACUUUUCUUUGUAUGCCUGCAGGGACUGUUUUCCGUCGGUAUUUCUCCAAGAUAAAAGGUGAUAAGUAAAACGCAGUGCUAAUAAUGUGACAAAAGGAGGAAGAAAAUCAUGGCUGACAUACCUCAGCAGUCACCCAAGAAUUGGACUGAAUCUGAAGUAAGCACCUGGCUAAGAUCGAUUGGAAUAAAGGAACAUUACAUAGAAAAACUCUAUGAAGAAGAAGUAGAUGGACAAAUCCUACUUGAAGUCCUAAAUGAGGACUAUCUAAAAACAAAAAUCUACAUGAAGUCAGGGCCCGCUCAUUUGAUUAUUCAGAAAAGAGAUGAGCUUAUGAACUCUCAGCAAAAAUGUCAAGAGAAGAAAAAACCUACCGGUUCCAAAAGAACUGAGUUUGAGGAAAAGAAAAGUAAGAAAUCAGUUCAAUGUCUCCGAACAGUAAGUGAUUGUCCUCCAGCAAAAACUACACAGAGCGAUCAGGAGAAAGAAACUGCUCAGGAACAAUGUGUGUUGAUUUCAAAGGAAGACUGCCAACCACGGCCAUUUGAUCAAGAAGGGACUAAUUUCUUAUAUGUAAAACACAGCAUCCUGCAGCCUGAAUCAGGUGCUUUUAAUCUGAUAUUGCCAUGCCACGAAUUCAAGUCUUUUGCUGUAGCUGCUACGUUGGAUCGCACAAGACUCCAAGCUAAGUUUGCCAAAGAGGUUCUUAAAUUUGCAGCUGGUUGUAUGAACAUCAGAUCAAAUGGCACAAUACACUUUGGUGUGAUGGACAGCAAGGAGGAUGGAGGAUAUGUGCAUGGCGAGAUAAUUGGUAUUCCUGUGACAGACAAGGAUGUUUAUGUCGAUGCUUUGGACCACAUUGAAAAGAGUUUCUCCUCUGACAAAGAGCACAUACGCCAGUGUGUGCGACCGCCAAGGUUCAUUGAGGUUAUGGAUCGACAAAGUACAGAAAAACAAUAUGUGGUAGAGGUUGACAUUGUGCCAUUAAUAAGUAUUGUUAAGAGCAAAGUAUAUGAAGUCCGUCUGCCAAACUUCAAAGAAUCAACAAACAAAGUAGAGUUUGAGAAAGAGACGAUUUUGCGAAGAGUGGGUUCAAAAACAGAGCCAGUGAGUGACAAGGACCUAAGUGACUUUUACCAAAGAGUCAAAGAUCGUGAUGCUCAAAGAGAAGAAGCAGAAAAAAAUCAUUUCCUUAUUGCUCCAGAAAUGUGUCAAGACCUUGGAAGGAAACUCACCAUGCUAAUAACCAGUGGUAAGAAAUUCAUUGAAAAGGAAAAAUGGUUCAUACUCGUAACAAACAAAUUCAAACCUGAUGACCUUUGUAACAUUGACUGGCUGAUUAACAUGAAUAUGUUCUGCGUGUUCGACUUUGACCCAGACUCAAAGAUAUCAGGUCUUUGCAGUAGAUACCUUGAGCACCAUGCCGCAAACAUGCAUUUUCUGCAGAGCUACAAAAAAUCUCCUGACACAACCAUCAAAGAAUUCACAAACCACCUGCAUUUGUUUGAUCAAACUAGUUGGAUCUUUUGCAAUGGCCGUACUGACUUCAAAGGAAAUGAAACUCCAUGUGAUGAAAUGACUUGGAUCAAAACAAAAAUGACUUUACUUCGAGAGUCUGUUUCUUUGAUCUGUAAAAAGAUCUUGCCAAAAGGUACAUUCCAGGUCAUAUUUCUGUUAGCAUCACCAGUUGAGAAACCACUCUUACACACCUUCUAUGAGUUUUUCACAGACAUGGAAGGUCAUGAAGACAUCAUCUGCAUCUGUGACUCAGAGAAAAACUUCCAGAAGUGGCAAAGCUUUGCAGAGGGUUCAUGUGGGAAAGAAGCUGUAGAUAAUUGUAGUGUUGUUGGAAUGAAAAUGAGUCACAUUAAUGCAACUCUGCAACACAUACAACCUGUAAAAGUUUGUUUCACCAAACACUUGCCGGUCGUUGUGGGAGGGACAUGUCUUCUUGAAACACAAGUAGAGGAACAGAUGUACUCGCUGGAGAUUCUGACAGUUAAUCAUUGUAAUGAAACAUGCAAAGACUUCAUCAAUGAGGAAAAAGAAAACAUUGAACACCAGUUCUACCGUGGUGGGAGAGUGACCUGGUUGAAUUUCUGGCUUGCUGAGAACAAAUAUGUUGGCGAGGUCAUUGAAAGAGAUGCUUAUCACGAUACUUCCAAACUUCUCAAAGAUGCCUUGAAAUAUAAUGCAGACCAGACUCCAGUGAAUAUCAUAAACAUCUACCAUCACCCAGGAAGUGGUGGAAGCACUGUGGCAAGACAAGUGCUGUGGAACAACAGAAAAAGUCUAAGGUGUGGAGUUGUGAAGCCCUCAUAUCCAGUUUCUGUUGUUGCACAACAUGCAGUUGAGCUAAGAGAAUAUGAAGAAAAGGAUCCACAGAGAUGUCUUCCUGUGCUGCUCCUCAUUGAAGACUCAGACAAAGAAUAUCUAGAUGAUCUCAGGCAUGAAUUAGAGGUUGCCAUUAAUGUUAAACAAAUCCAGUAUGGUACUCUAUGUUUCAUUUUGCUGAGCUGCAGACGUUCCCAUGAUCCAGAGAAAAAAUGCAAAGAGUCUCCUUUACAGAAUGUGUCUGUCACUCAUGAGCUAUCUGAUCAGGAAAAGAGAAAGUUUUCUGGAAAACGGCAGGCACUCGAGGAAAGAUAUGAGCCCAAAUUCAUUCUGACAUUUGUUUUGAUGAGUGAAGGAUUCAGUGAGGAUUAUGUUCAUCAGUUUGUGAAACAUCUGCUCCAAGACAUUGACCGUCACUCUGUUGUCACUCGACUCAUUCACUAUGUAGCAUUGCUGAACACAUAUGUUCAAAACUCUUUCAUCUCUCAAUCGCACUGUGAAGCUUUGCUCACCUUAACGAUUCACUUGGAGAGGUUUCGCCAGUACGAGUUUGAGAGAUCCCUCAGCGAUCAGGCUAGACUAGUCUUCUUACACCUUCGAGAUGACAAGACGCACAUUGAAUCAAUCAGAAUCAUCCACCCACUUGUUGCAAAAGAAAUUCUUCAACAACUUCUGGGUCCUCAACAAACCCAAAGCAGCUUGGCAAUGGAUUUGCUCAGUGAGGAUGUGCUCUUCGAGCACAGAUUUGGAAGGGAUGAGUAUCUUACAUUUUUGAGACAACUUUUCAUUCGGAGAUCCAGGAUAAGCAAAGGAGAUAAAUAUGAUAGCCUUUUCUCCCCUUUCAUUGAGCAUGUGUGUGAAAAUGAGAAAAGCCCAGACAAAGCAAUUGAGUUGCUCAUAGAAGCAUUCCAGCGUUUCCAUAAUGAUUCAUUCUUUGCACAACAACUUGCUCGUCUUCAUUACACUUAUGAAAAGUUUGAAGAGGCUAAACACUGGGCAGAGACAGCAGCUAAACAGCUGCCCAACAACUCCUAUAUACUUGACACAAAGGGGCAGGUAUAUAGGAAAUGGUUCCAAGCAAAAUGCAAAACAAUUGAAGAUGUACGAAAGACAGCACAGAACACAGCAGAUGCUGUGGAAACUGCACUGAAAGCACUUGAGUGUUUUCAUGAGUGUGAGAGAGCAGCUGAUGCUGAUAUGGAAAAUGUCAACAGUUCAGGGUUUUUUGCUGAAGUUGAAGUUGGGUGCAGCCUGCUCAAACUGAUCUCGUCAUUGCAAGUGUUUGCAAACAGAUCCAACGGCCAUGCAGAAUGUAUGAAGUACCUGUUAACUGAUUACAUCCCGGAGGAAGUUGAAGAUGCUUGGGCACCAUUUCAUGACCGCUUGAAAAAGCUUCAUAAGACAAUGCAGGAUGCAUUGGAGUGGAUCUCAGAGGACCUGAGUUACUUCCAGACAGACAUUGGUGCAGAUGAAGAUGAGACGCCCGAGAGUCCAGAGGAGAAAAUAAGCCAUCCACUGAUAUGGCUGUCAAAAAAAUCUGCUGAGUAUGGAAAGUACUUCAGUGAAGCUUCUUCCACUGGACGCCUACAGCAUGGUAAAUCAAUCCCAGCCAAUCUCACACCUUUCCAAAAACGCAUGAUCAUCUAUCAUUUUGGUGGUGGCAACAUAAUAUCCAUCCUCUCUAAGCUAAUCGAUCAGAAGGACGCAGUACGUCUUCUAGAGGGUAUCCUCUCUCUCUACCCCAGCAAUCCAUUGAAAGCCAAAUUUGGUCAAAGGGAUAUUGUCAAUUACAUAGCGGCCCAUAUUUCUCUGAACUGUCUGUCACCACAAAAUCAAAAGGUAGCUCCUCUGAAAGAUCUACAAGCACUUUGUUGUCAGUUCCCAUCUGAUAAAAGGAAAUGUUUGCCAAGUGCCUUGUUCUUGCUUACAUUGCUAUUCUGGCCAGAGGAUGACGACACAGAGCACGAGAAAGAAACCAAAUAUGAAAUUGUUCAAUCAGCAGUUGAACACCUUGACAAAGGUUAUUGGACCAAGAUGAAAGACAUUCCUCAGCGGAAGAGAAGGCUUUACACCCAUUUCUUUCUAGGUAGUGGGAAUGGAUUGGACAAGUUUGUCCACAAGAAAAAGUUUGAAAGAAUCACCAAGUGGUUCUCAGUCUCUGAGAAACGUAUGAAGUGGUUUAGUGGUGAGGCAUGGAAGAUGCCAGAAAUUGCCAUAAUGCUGAAGCGGGUUUCUGGGUGGACUGAAGAUCGUGUGGUUUAUCUUGAAGGUCCUAAGAAAAAAAAAUUCAAUAUCCUGCCUCUGUAUGUACCUUCAGUGCCUCAUAGUAAUGAAAACAUCACCUUCUACCUGGGGUUCACAUUCAGAGGUCCUGUUGCCUGCAACAUCCUUGUGAAAAAGUAGUUGAUUGUCAACUUGCUGAAGCGUGGGCCUAGAAUCCAGCUUACUCCAAAGGGAAAGAAAAGAUUGUGGAUGAUGACUGAAAAACACACAAGCUUUAGACUGUUAGUCAUGUGGUCAAAAAAACCCAACUUAAAACACGAUUAUAUUCGUGAACGUAUUUAAGGGUAUUUAAAAAUACAACGGAACUUGCUUUUUUUUUUUUUAUAACUUUGGCCUCACCCAGAAAGCACUUUGGGGUCAUUUCAGCUUAAAAUUAUUCUUUUAAGUGUACUAUAUAAGAAAAAAAAUGAUAUAUUUACUCUGAAUUUACAAAUUAAUACAAAUAAUAAUGCAAAUGUAUUCCUUAGCCUGUUAAACAUAUUUUUUUUAGAGUUCUGGUUGUUUUUGAAUUCCUCUGUUUUCCUGUUUGUACUUCUAGCUUAGAAGGAUUGCAGUUCAUACUUGGCUGACCAUUUGUACACUGAUUUUACAAGAUGGCUUGUAUAUGUUUAUGUAAGCAACCCUAACGUGCAACCAUUCAGAACCUAAUCCACUGAAUCCAUAGCAGUAUCAAUGGCUGUCUACUUGUGUUCCAUUUCACAUUAGAAGUGUUCUUAAAAUAUGU